AUGCGCUUUCUUCUCGGUAAGUUCCUUGAAGGCCAUUUUUGGAAUUGCAAUUUUUUGGUUUCAGGAUUGCUCUUGCUUAUCGUCUCCUUUGUCGCCAGCUCUCCAAUCCACGGAAUCUGGAACAACCUCCCAGCUCCUCCGGUAAGACAGUCAGUACUCUAUUGAAAACGUGAGGGGGGGGGGGGGGUCAGAGUUUAGUAAAACUUACUUUCUCACGCCCCCAUGAAUAAGCUAUUCAGUUUCUUUUUCGGGCGAAACUUUAUCAUAAGCUGUGUCUCAAGUGUCCCAAAAAUUCCCACAAUCUCCUCCUCCUAUUCAUGGAUUUCUUUUUCUCAGUUCUAAAUUUACACCAAACCAAAAAGCAAAACACGUUCAGACAAAACGCGUCUACGGAUUCUACAACUACCUUCCGAAGGAAGAGGACGACCGUGACAAGCGCAACACACUCUUCUACUGGGCACCGAACGACGACUACAUCGAGUGA